AUGUCGCGAACCUUCUCUUAACCGCCACUUGUCAGUCACUUAUCCAAUAGUAAUCUCAAGAUUCGUCGAGCCUCCGGUUUAAUACCGACUCAGCCGGUAGUUUCUCCUAAAUCAUAUGGCUCACUCACUUACUUUGUCCCCUCUAUUUAAACAGAAACACCUCUCACUUCUUCUUAAGAACAAUAAAACUCUCUCUUCGGAAUCUGAAAAGCCAUAAUAAAUUAGCAGAGAAAAAAAAACAAAAUCUAAAGGAUCAGAAAUUUUUAAAUGAACAGAGUGAUUAGCCAGUUUUCCGGUAAGUUGAUGAAGGAGAGCGGCGGUGAUGCGACGGCUUUAAGAUCUUCCGUCAAAGAAUCAGUCUCGUCGCCGCAGAGUUCACUUUCGUCUUCGUCUUCGUCGUCGUCAUCGGUGAGAAGACUUAAUAAAGGCGAUCUUGAAUCGAGACGAUUUGGUUUAGCGGCGAGUGAGAAGCUGAGGCAGGCGGAGGAAUCUUUAAGGACUGUCAUGUUUCUGAGCUGUUGGGGUUCUUGUUAGAUCUGAUCUGAAACGUUUCUUAACUGUGUGUUUGUUAUGCUUUUGAGUUUGAACAUUUUGUGAAUAUUUUUUUUUUUUUUUGUAAUUAUCCUUUUUUGCCUACUUUGUGUACUUCUCUGUAAAGUCUCUGAUGUACAUAUUGAAGAGAAGCUAUGAAGAAAAUGGUUUGUUUAUCACAAAUCAAAACAUUUUCAUUA